AUGUCUACAUACGCAGAACAACAGCUUUACUAUGACGGCAAAGUCCAACAAGCAACUUCUAAAGAAACAUUCACAACAGUCAACCCCGCAACAGGAAAACCUUUAGCACAGGUACAAAAGGCUUCUCCAUCAGAUAUUGAUUCCGCGAUAGCUUCGGCACGCAAAGCAUUCCCAUCAUGGUCCCAGACACCACCAAUUGUCCGCUCCCGAAUUCUUCUCAAAGCCGUUCAGAUACUUCGCGAUCGAAACGAUGAAAUUGCUAAGGUGGAAACACACGAUACAGGCAAAGCUUAUUCAGAAACCAGCGCAGUCGAUGUUGUUACUGGAGCAGACGUGCUAGAAUAUUUCGCAAGCUUAGUCGCAAGUGGGGGAAUGAACGGCGAAACUACACAAUUAAGACCAGAUGCAUGGAUAUAUACCAAAAAGGAAGCUCUGGGCGUAUGUGCCGGCAUUGGAGCUUGGAACUAUCCAAUUCAAAUCGCUUUGUGGAAAUCUGCACCUUGCUUAGCAGCUGGAAACUGUAUGGUCUAUAAACCAUCUGAAGUAACCCCAUUACAUGGCCAAAUCCUCGCACAAGUUUAUGCAGAAGCUGGAUUACCACCGGGAGUCUUCAACAUUGUACAUGGAGAUGGAUCAGUAGGAGGAUACUUGACCACCCAUCCUGGUAUUGCCAAAGUAAGUUUCACAGGUCAAGUUUCAACUGGACAAAAGGUUGCUGCUUCAGCAGCUGGCGGCAUGAAAUAUGUUACCAUGGAGUUGGGCGGUAAAAGCCCUCUCAUUAUCCUCCCAGAUACCGACCUUGAAAAUGCUGUUGAUGGUGCCAUGAUGGCCAACUUCUACUCCACCGGUCAAGUCUGCACAAAUGGAACCCGAGUUUUUGUGCACGAAAGUAUGAAAUCGGCAUUCGAGAAACGUCUUAUCGAAAAGAUGGAAUACAUUAGAGCUUUGGAACCAAUGGAUGCCAACAGUAAUUUUGGUCCUCUCGUCUCGGAAAUCCAUCACAAAAAAGUCCUCAACUAUAUCCGACACGGAAUUGAAAAUGAUAAAGCAAAACUCCUCUACGGUGGUCCCGAAAAACCAACCAAUAUUCCAAGUGGCCAUGAAUCAGGUUUCUGGGUUCGCCCUACAGUCUUCACAGACUGUACAGAUGAUAUGCUCAUCACCCGCGAAGAAAUCUUCGGUCCAGUUCUCUGCAUCCUCACAUAUUCUACCACAGAAGAAGUUAUCCGUCGCGCCAACGAUACAAAACUAGGAUUGGCAGCUGGUGUUUUCGGCAAGAAUAUUAAUGAAUGUCAUGAAGUGAUCGGUCAGAUUGAAGCUGGUAUCACAUGGAUUAAUUCAUGGGGAGAGAGUCCCGCGGAAAUGAGUGUAGGAGGUUGGAAAAUGAGCGGAGUAGGUGUUGAGAAUGGAAGGAGGGGAUUAAAUGCAUGGGUUAGAGAGAGAAGUACUCUGGUGCAGAAUGGAGGUGGAGAGGUGGGAACCGUUUUUUGUAAAUUGUAA